AUGACCAACGAGGAGCCUUUACCUAAAAAGGUUCGCCUCAGUGAAUCUGACAUGAAGACAUUGACCAGAGAGGAGCUGUGCACAAGGUGGAAACAGCACGAGUCAUAUGUGCAGGUCCUGGAGGCCAAAUAUGCAGAGCUUUGUUCCAAUGACGUAACAGGCCUGAAGGAAUCGGAAGAGAAGCUCAAGCAGCAGCAGCAAGACUCUGCACGCAGGGAGAACAUCUUGGUCAUGCGGCUUGCCACUAAGGAACAGGAGUGCACAACGCACAUCCAGUACCUGAAGCAGGCCCAGCAGCCCAGUGCAGCCCAACUGCGCUCAUCCAUGGUGGACCCGGCCAUCAACUUGUUUUUCCUCAAAAUGAAGGCGGAAUUGGAACAGACUAAAGACAAACUGGAGCAGGCCCAAAAUGAACUGAGUGCCUGGAAAUUUACACCUGAUAGCCAGACGGGGAAGAAACUGAUGGCCAAGUGUCGCAUGCUGAUCCAGGAAAACCAGGAGCUGGGGAAGCAGCAGUCGCAGGGACGCAUCGCCCAACUGGAGGCCGAGCUGGCCUUGCAGAAGAAGUACAGCGAGGAGCUAAAGAGCAGUCAAGACGAGCUGAAUGACUUCAUCAUCCAGCUGGAUGAAGAGGUGGAAGGCAUGCAAAGCACCAUCUUGGUCCUGCAGCAGCAACUCAAGGACAGUCGGCAGCAGCUCGCCCAGCCUCCUCAGGCGGGCCCAAGCAGGACGUCGCCUGCCACCGAGCAGGCCGCCGCGCCCUCCGACCCCGCGGGGAAAGACUUCGGGAGGGUGUCCAACGGGCCCAGCAAGCAGGCGCCUUCUCAGAAAGGAGGCGCCGCGCUCUACCGGGAGGUUAGCAGCACCGACGAAGACUUUGCCGUGUCGCCUGCCGCAUCCAGCCCGGGGGAAGCCGAGACCAAACUGUCCAACCACUCUGAGGAAGUGUCGGGGAGUCAGAGCGGCGGAGCCCGGGCCGGAGCGCCUGCCGGUUUGAGCGCGGGGUAUGAGAGCGUGGACUCUCCGACUGGCAGUGAGACCUCAUUGACUCAGCACUCAAACGACACGGACUCCACCGCCGACCCCCACGAGGACAAGGCUGCUGCCCAUGUCACCAAGGGCACCAGGACUUCACGGCACGCUCAAAACGGCCUGGACUCCACCACAAGCGACGGCGCCGUUUUGUAA